GCCCUUGCUGUGCGGCGGGGUGGCUGCCGCCGGAAAGGAGCCGCCAUUCUGGGCGCUUCCCUGGGAGGCUGCCGGCCACCCGCCCGGCGUCCUGGCCCCGCCGCCCGAGCUUGUUUACAGCGGCGGCAGAGGGCUCCGCUCCCUGGAGGGGGGCGGGCAGGGGCCGAGUCAGUUCAUGAGGCCUCCGGGAAAGGCUCGGUGGGGGUGGAGGUGGCCAGUCUCCCUGCUCUGUGUCCCGGGCGGCUUCGUUUGGGGUGUGCGGUUUGGUUUUCUCCCCUGCGAUCGGCUUACGAAGGGAGUGUGGGGACACGUUGUGUGUCGGCCAACAGGCUCGUUUCGGGCCGGGCCUCCCCCUCCGUCCAGUGGGCUUUGAAGCAAAGGGCGACUGGCCUGCCUACAGCUCUCUCUGACCGCUGUCCCUCCGUUCUGGGCAGAUCUGCCAGCAUGAAUCUGUGCCUGACCGCCCUCAGCCUCUGCUUGGGACUGGCCUUCGGUGCUCCCAGAGCAGACUCCGAUCUGGACGGUCACUGGAAACUGUGGAAGUCGUGGCAUAACAAGGACUACCAUGAGAGAGAGGAAAGCUGGAGGAGAGUGGUGUGGGAGAAGAAUCUGAAAAUGAUUGAGCUCCAUAAUCUGGAUCACUCAUUAGGAAGACACAGCUACAGGUUGGGAAUGAAUCAGUUUGGUGACAUGACAACUGAGGAGUUCAGACAGCUGAUGAAUGGCUAUGCCCACAAGAAGUCAGAAAGGAAGUAUAGAGGAUCCCAUUUUCUUGAGCCCAGCUUCCUGGAAGUACCACGAUCAGUAGACUGGAGAGAGAAGGGAUAUGUAACUCCAGUUAAAGACCAGGGUCAGUGUGGCUCUUGCUGGGCUUUCAGCACAACUGGAGCUCUUGAAGGACAGCACUUCAAAAAAACUGGCAAACUUGUUUCGCUGAGUGAACAAAAUCUGGUGGACUGCUCUCGCCCUGAAGGGAAUCAAGGCUGCAAUGGUGGUCUCAUGGACCAGGCUUUCCAGUAUGUGCAGGAUAAUGGUGGAAUUGAUUCAGAGGAAUCGUACCCGUACACUGCAAAGGAUGAUGAAGACUGUCGCUACAAGGCAGAGUACAAUGCUGCUAAUGACACUGGCUUUGUUGACAUCCCUCAAGGACAUGAAAGAGCUCUCAUGAAAGCAGUAGCAGCUGUGGGUCCAGUCUCUGUUGCUAUUGAUGCAGGCCACUCUUCAUUCCAGUUCUAUCAGUCAGGUAUCUACUAUGAACCAGACUGCAGCAGUGAAGACCUGGACCAUGGUGUUCUGGUUGUAGGUUAUGGCUUUGAGGGGGAAGACGUAGAUGGGAAAAAAUAUUGGAUUGUUAAGAACAGCUGGGGUGAGAAGUGGGGUGACAAAGGAUAUAUCUACAUGGCCAAGGACAGGAAGAACCACUGUGGAAUAGCAACAGCUGCUAGCUAUCCACUUGUAUAAUCUGAAGACUGAACAUUUCAGUGCAAGAGGGGUUCUAAACUGAAUGACCAAACCCAUGUUCACACAUGUGGUAGACUUGUAUCCUUCAAAAAUGUCAACUUGAUUUUUUUUUUUUAACUUCUGAAGUAUGUUUUACAUGUUGGUGAAAUGCCACUUGUUCUAAAUUAAUGUAAAUGUUGUUAUGUAAACAGCUUGUAAUAUUGCUGGCUUUUGACUGGUUAAUCUUCUUUGUAUUUUUUUUCCUUUUUUAAAAUUGCAAUGUGCCCAAAAGUUUACUUUUUAAAUAAACACUUAAAUUCCACUGUGUACAGAUGA